AUGGCCCGUUUGCCCGAAGGGGCGCCGCCGCCGGGGCUGUUGGCCACAAUUGCCCGCCUGCAGCACUUGAAGCGAAGAGGCAUUACUGUGAACGCCAAUAUAGACACUUCUCUUGAUUUCAAAAACCCUUAUUUGUUAGAAAAAAUAAUGAAGUUAUUUGGAAUAGACCCUUACUGCUCAAACAGCCCCGCGGCUCUUUCUUGCAAUCCUCUGGCGCACUUCGAGGCCGAGCCCGACGAAGGUCCUUUUUACCUUUUUGUCGCUAAGCGGCAAGAGCGAAGGAGACAGAGGAGAGAAAAACAAAGAGAAAUGAAAGAGUCGUUUGCUGCUGCUGCUGCUGCUGCUGCUGCUGCUACAGCAGCAGCAGCACCCCUAGGCUCUUCAGCUGUAUCGACAGCAGCAAAAUCACACCCCCCGAACUCAACUAGUAAGUCUCCUUCCAGGCCUCUACUCAGCAGCAGCAACAGCAGCAAAUGCAGCAGCAACAGCAGCAGCAGUUCGAAAUAG